AUGGGUACCAGGUAUCUGGGGUGUAUAUAUAAAAAGUACCCCAAUAGGACGCUAACCAAUGCCAGACCCGCGAGAAGGGAGACAAGGAGUCGUUCAGAUUUCAUUCAAUCUUCCGGGUGCUGGGUACGCAAAUCCAUACGACAAUGCCCGCUGAAAGAGCCAAAGACAAACACGGCGAAUAUAUCCAGGAAGGCGACUUCGUCUUUGCGAAGUACCGCGGAGGAUGGCAUAGAGGCGAGGUACGGCGGUUUCAGUAGUGCUUAUUCCCCUUGGAUCCUUAGUGUGCAGGAUGUACGUGCGCUCUGUGUACAUGUCACUGACUGGGAAUUUGGCAAGGCCGAGAGGAUAGUUGUCGAUGAAGACGGAGCGAGGGACGAAGGAGUUGUCCAUCCCCCAAAGGUACCACGAGAUCCUUCAUACUGA